AUCCGCAAGGUUGCUUCUUCACUUUGUCCUCUCUGUUGCUGAUUUUAAGUUUCUUCUUAAUUCUAGUUAUGCAAUUUUUCUUCUAUUUUCUUUAAUCGUUUAAUUGGUGGGUUUUUGGCGUUGACAAUAAUUGAUCGUUUUUGGGGGUUUGAAGAAGAUAGAAGGAGGAAUGGCAAAAGUUUACUUCAAGCAAGAGCAUGAUCUCGUGAAGAGACGAGCAGAGGCUGCUAGGAUCAGGGAGAAGUACCCAGAUCGGAUUCCAGUGAUUGUGGAGAAGGCAGAAAGAAGUGACAUACCAAACAUAGAUAAGAAAAAGUACCUUGUCCCAGCUGACUUGACUGUGGGACAGUUUGUAUAUGUUAUUCGUAAGAGGAUUAAAUUAAGUGCAGAGAAGGCAAUUUUUAUAUUUGUGGACAAUGUGCUUCCUUCUACAGGUGCCAUUAUGUCUGCCAUAUAUGAAGAGAAGAAAGAUGAAGAUGGAUUUCUUUAUGUUACCUACAGUGGAGAAAACACAUUCGGAUCUAAUAUCCCACUGUAGCGUCGUUGGGGGAUUUGCAUUGUUUCUUCCCUUGUUUCAUCAAUUUGAUUCCGUGAGGAUUGUCUGAAUCCCCGGCUGCCCAUAGUUUCAUUGUCCGCCUGAUCAUAAAGUUCCUCCCAGUGAUAUUAUGUACAGUUAAAUAUUGAAUAUAAGCAUGAAGGUGGCUUGUUCACUUUCAAUGUUAAAUGUUUCCCAGUCCAUUUUAAGAAAUCCUUCAGUGGAAAUCUAUGUUAUCGGUGGCUA